AUGCUAAAAUUUUCAAAACAUGUCAGUCAUAAAAUAAAUAGCCCAUAUAGGUUUAUGCCAUAUAUUAUAAAUAACAUUACAAACAACUUAUACUUUAUUUUGUUAUACAAUUUUAUACCUUAUAGGAACAAACAUAUAUAUAACAAAUGUAAUUCUUAUAUUAUAGAUUAUAAACAGUUCCAUAUACUUCAAGAUUAUAUAGCAGAGAAGGAAAAAAAUACCGGAGACAAAUCCAUAAAUUAUGAAGAAGGAAAAAUAAAACAAAUACGACACAGCAAUAAUAAGGAUAAUAAUAAUAGUAAUAGUAAUAGUAAUAGAAAUAGCAAUAACAAUAGCAAUAGCAAUAAUAAUUAUAAUGAUGGACAAAAUAUUGUAAUUAAUACAAAUUUCACAUCCUCUUAUUAUAAACAAAAAAAAUCCAUGAAUAAUAUAUUCAUAAAUAAUGAUGUAUUCUCUUCGUUACAAAAUAUUUUUUUAUUAAUAAAUAAGAUAAAUAAAAACUUUCUUCAAAGAGUUCAGUCCAAAUUUUAUGGAAAUCAAAAACAAAUUAUAAUUGACAAUGUUGUUUAUAUUAAUAAACACCCAUAUCUAUUACACAUCCUAUUAAAAAACAAUAAUGUAAAUAUCAACAUAUAUAAAGAAAUAGAUAUAUUACUAGCUAGCGAAUAUUUUAGUCAUUUAUGUAAUAAUAUUAACAACUUGGACUUUUUUUCCUUAGUAUCCUUAUUUCACAUAUACAUACCCAAAAAAAAAAAAAAAAAUUAUACAAUAGUAAAAAAUGCAAAUGAUAUAUACAAUAGUAAUAAUAGUUAUGAUGGAAUAAUAAAAGAUAGAAAAGAAAAUAUUGAUAAAGAGGAGGAAAAAAAUCAAGAGCAUUUAAAUUUAAUUCCCUUUCUUGAUAUAAUAAAAAAUUGCAUAUUAAAAAAUAUAUGUAUUCAUAUAAAGCACUUAAUGACUAAUGUUAAAAAUAAUAAUGAACAUAAAGAUAAUCCUAUCAAUGUGAAUAAGAAAAAAAAGAAGGUUACCUUUCAUGAUAUUUAUGGAGAAAUCAUAAAUAUUCUAUAUAUUAUAAAAGAUGAUGAUAUAAAAAAUCAUAUUAAUUAUAUACAUGUUAUACUUGACACAUUAUAUAAAAAUAUACAUAAACAUAUUCACCAUUAUAAUUAUACAUAUUCCAUUAAAUUACUUAGAUAUAUAAAUAGUAUUCUAUCCUUUUACAUAAACCAUUCUUAUAUAUCAAAUGAACAAAAGAUACAAGAAAAAGAAAAAAAUGUCUCAAAAUAUUUUUCAUCUCUAAUAGAUAAUAAUUUAUUUUACAUACAAAAGGAAAAUUUCUCUUUUAAUUAUGUCCAUAAAAAUUAUAAUAUAUUAUAUACCUGGGACAUGUAUAAUACAACAAAUUUAAAUAAUAAUAUGAACCAUGAUAAGAAUAUUCAACAGUAUACUAAUGAUUAUAAUACUACUAUACAUAGAGAAGAUCUUAAUAACCUACAAAAUUGUAAUUUAAACAAAAAAUUACAAUAUAAAACAAAUGAAGACAUUUGUGAUAUAUCCUUUAUGUCUAAACAUAUUGAACAUAAUAAUAAUAAUAAUAUAUUAAAUGAUAAUGAUGUAACAUGGAAUAACAAAUCUUCAUCUAAUUAUCAUCAUCCCAAUGUUUAUAAAGAACAAUAUGAUAAAAUGGGAUCAUUACAUAUUAUUAAGAAUAGUCCAAAUGAAUAUAAUUUAAUUUCAAAAGAUAUAGAAAGUUAUAAAUAUAUAAUAAAAUUUUCUAUUGAAUUAUUAUAUAUUAUUGUAAAAAAGAUUAAAUAUGUACAACAUACAAAUACUUUCUCAGACGAAGAAAUAAUAUUAGAAAUAAUUAAUACAUUAAUUCAUAUUCAUCAUACAUAUCAUACAGAUAUUAAUAAUAUGAUAAAUGAAAAAUCGUUAUUUUUAAAAAAUAAUAUAAUUAAUUCAGAAUAUAAUCAUAACUCCAUAUACUUUUUCCUUUUUUUAGAUUUUAUUUUUAAUACAUUAAAAAAAAAUAUAUAUAUAUAUAUAUCUCAUAAUGAUAAUCACAUGAACAAAAUAAUUACACAAUAUUAUUAUAAAAAUGAAAAUUUUUUAAAAAUUCUCUCAUUACUUAGUAAUAUCAGAUACUUAUUAACAUGUAAUAAAAGACAACCAAAAAAUAUGGAAUCUUCUACUCAUAAUAAUACUCUAAGUGAAAAUCAUAAAAUAUAUAUAUCGCAUCAAAAAAUAAUAGAAGGUACUACAAAUGAAAAAAAGAAAAUAUUUAUAAGUAAAAUAAAUGAGCAUAUACAUCAACUAACAAAUGAUAUAAUAUUAUUUUAUACAGAAUAUAGCAACAAAAUGAAAAAUCAUCAUAAUUAUCAUUAUUUUCAAAAUUAUCAUAAUCAUCAUAAUUAUCAUAAUCAUCAUAAGUAUAUUAAUCAUCAUAAUUAUAUUAAUCACCAUAAUUAUAUUAAUCACCAUAAUUAUAUUAAUCAUCAUAAUUAUCAUUAUUUUCAAAAAGAUGGAUCUUCAUUUAACAAUACUAUAAACAUACAAUUUUAUAUAUCCUAUUUAUUUAAUGAUGUGUAUCUUCAAAAUAAUUAUGCUAUGAGAAAAAUUGUCUUUUCCUACUUUUCAAACAAUUAUAAAUACAUAUAUUCAUAUCCACUCUUAAAUUAUAAUGUAACAUAUUUACAAUAUAUAACUAUUUAUAAUUUUCUUAAAUUGUUCAAAAAUGAAAUUAAUGAACCCUCAGAAGAAUAUGAUAAUGUUGUAAAAAUGUUUGUUCGCUUAUUUGAUAAUAAUACAUAUCAACAAAUUGGAGUACAACAAAAUAUUAUUAACACAACCAAUAUUUAUAUACAACAUGACAUAAAAUAUUAUAUCCACAAUUUAUAUAAAAUAUGCUAUUUUUUUAUAUUAUCCAAAAAAUUAAUUACAAAUGUAGAAUUUAUUAAUCAAAUCAAUUCUAUCUUUUAUUUAAAUUUUUAUAUGAUCAAUCAAUGGGUACAAACAGAAAGAGGAAAAAAAAACAAACUGAACGAUUCAGGGAAUUUUACACAAUUAAUAAAUAAAUGUAUGAACAAAAUAAUUAUCAUAUUUGUUAUACACAAGUAUUGGCAAAUAUUGAAAACAGAAGAUACUAUAAAAUAUUUAUCAACAUUUAUUUAUACCACACAUGAUUUAAUAAGUAACGAAAAUAAAAGAAAAUUAUUACUUUAUAUUCUUCCCUUUAUGAAAGAAAAAAAACACGAACAGGUUCUAAUUCGUUUGACAUAUCUUUUAAGAAAUGGUGAGCUAGCCAAAAACAAUGAAGUAAAGCUAGAAACAUAUUAUCAAACGGAAAAAAAAAAAAAAAAGGAAUCAAACAAUAUACCAUAUGAAAAUGAUAUAAGUCUAACCUAUGAAAAAUAUAAUCAACAAACAGUUGAAGAUUAUAAAAAUGAUACGGACCUAUGUCCAUCGAACUUACAUGCACAAACAAAUAUAAAUAACGAAAAUAAGGAACAAAAACAAAUAUAUGUAAACUAUAAUAAUUAUUUCAAGAAAUAUGAUAUCAAAAAUACAAGCAAAAUAAAUCAUAAUCCAAUUCAUAUAAACGUAAAAGAAAUAAUAAACCAUUUGGAAAAAAAUGAAAAUAUUAAAUUAAGUAAUGACGAAUUACACAAAAUAUUAAAAGAACAUAUUAAUCAAAUGGAUAUAAUAACACAAGAAAAUAUGUUAUUAAAAAACAAAUUAAAUUAUAUUGUACUAAAUUUUGAACAUUUUAUUUCUUCCUAUAUUCAUAAUAUUAUAUCAAAUAAAAAUACUCACGUCCUUUAUACAAAGACAAACAUUUCUCUAAACAACGACAGCAUAAAUGAAGAAACAAACAAACAAAUAAUUAAAGAUGCAUUUAAAGAAACAAAUAAAGAAGAACAACAAGAAUAUAUUCAUGUAUAUAAUAAAACAUAUCACGAAGAAAAAAAGCCGGAAACCAAAGUAAGCAUAAAAUUUAAUUAUCAACAAAUGGAUGUUAAAAAUGAAUAUUUUCAUACACUUAAAAAAUAUCAAACUAAUCAUUCAUUCAAAAUUAAUAAUAUUUUAAUAAAUAUGUAUAUGUAUAACCCUUAUAUAUGUGCAAAAAAAAAUAAAAAUUUUUUUCUAUCCAAAAAUAAAAAGCAUAAAAAAAUUAUUAUUCUUCCUUAUGAUACUUAUAAAAAUAUUAAAAAAAUACUUACAUAUGAUGAUCAUAACGAAAAAACUAAAAUCUUCAAGUGUCUUCAAAAUGUAAUUUAUUUGUUUUACGAUAGAGUUAAAGCAUUAUUUGAAAAAAUAAAUUAA